GGUCCUGCAACACACGUGUGAGCUCUGUUCGAUCGGUCGGGCACAGGCGAGAUAGUUCUCAUUCCGCGUCUGCCUGGUACGCCGAGAGGCCACUCUGUCACGAUGGUCUCCCAGAAAACCGAACCGCCACGCAACGGGAACCACCCCAGUCGGCCACCGCUGCUACAGACCCAAGCCGCACCAAACACGGGUCGGUUGGCACCUCCUCUCCCCACCAUGCAUGAUAGAAUGACUGAAAAACCUCAUCUAGGUCUACACACCACUAACUGCACCCCUCCCCCAUCUCUCUGUGUCUAUCACCGCCCUACGGCCGCCCCCCUCCCCCCACCAGCACCACUGCCGGCAGAUGACGGCCUGGAUGGCGGCAGCAUGAAGAAGAAGGCCACCAAAGCCCCAAUCAGGCCCUUCAGCUGGAACAGCAUCACUGCAAUCGCCACCAGAAUCAGAAACACCCACGGCACCAACACGGAAGGGAAGCCCGCGAAAGCUGGCGUCACCAGGCCGCCCUGUCAUCGAAUCAAUCGCAACACACAGCCGAGAGUGGAGUGGCUGGUAUGGCCAUGCAUGCCGCAACAUGCAUAUUGCGUCGUGUCUGAUGGCUGACCUGCAGUUGGGUGAGUCCGGUGUUUUCUCGUAUCCAGUCUUGGAGCUUGACGAGCGGCCCGGUCUCGCCGCCAAGGACGGGCGCGCUCAUCGAUGAUGGCCUCGAUGAGGCGUUUCGCGCUGCCGAGGGCUGUGAGGAUGAUGCCGCCCUUGACGAGCCGAACAAGCCGCCGCCCUGCUCAGCACCGCUGCCUGCGCCACGCAAACGGCAGUUUGUGCUGGGCAUAUCAUGUGGUCUGACAGACCGACUGACCUGUGUGGAAGUCGCUUGACGAGCGGAACUGCCCCGGGCCGCUCGACGAGCCCCUCUCGCCACCUGCAGCAACAAUAAAGCACCAAACACAUGACCGAUGGACGCAAACCAGGCGUGUCCUCCUGUGGCCGACCUCUGGCUUUCGCCUUCUUCGCCCGCGGGUCGUUGUCAGGCACUAUCUCGCCAUCGAUAAUGACCACCAUCGAACACAGCGCCCGCUUGCAGCGAAAGUCUGAGUGCUUUCCGACAAUGUGGGAGGAUGCAGACUUCAGCGGGCCACAACGGUCUG